GUGAAAGCGAAAGAAGCGACCUCCCCUACUCGGCGCUCGCGCCCAGUAAAAAACUCAGCUGGAGAUCCGGCGCACAAGCAAAUGUAUGUCGGAGACGCGUCCGCUCGCUGACUACUUCUCGGCGAAUUGAUCCCGUCCAACAUAUCUGCUGAUCAUUGUUGUCGGCGCCACGCUGCGCCC